GGGACAAACACCUCUUCUGUGGCUGCUCUUCCUGAUGUCGCUGCUCAGCUGGGCAACAAACCACGCUCGUCUGACUGUGAGUCCCAGCAGCUCUCAAUUCUUUUUUAGAGACUUUGUGUCUCUGAGCUGUGAGGAGGACGACAGCUCUGCUGGAUGGACUCUGAGGAGAAACACAAGCAAAGAAACCAGGACUCAGUGUGGAGCUGGGUGGGGAAGAUCAGCUGGUUCUUCCUGUAACAUCAGCUACAUCGACCCUUUGGACAGUGGAGUUUACUGGUGUGAGUCCAGAGAGGGUCCCAUCAGUAACAUGGUUAACCUGACAGUCACUGGUGGAUCAGUGAUCCUGCAGAGUCCUGUCCUCCCUGUGAUGGAGGGAGAUGACGUCACUCUGCUCUGUAAAACAAAGACCACUCCCUCCAACCUCCCAGCUGCUUUCUAUAAAGAUGGCUCCCUCAUCAGGAAGCAGCCUACAGGUCACAUGACCAUCCAGCAUGUUUCCAGGUCUGAUGAAGGCCUCUACAAGUGUGACAUCAGCGGUCAUGGAGAGUCUCCAUCCAGCUGGAUCACUGUCACAGUAGAUGCAGGUUCUCCCACCUGUCCUCCUCCAUCAGCCUCCACUACCUCCUUCUACUCCUUGUUUUCCUCUCCUCCUCUCUCUGUGAUGGUGUCCGUUCCCUCUAUAACUGGGCCGCUGCUGCUGGUCAUACUGGUUCUGGUGCUGAGACGAUGCAUCCAGAGAAAAACUGGAGUGAGUGAUGCUGUGACAGCUGCCACCUCUUCAUCAGUGAGAAGAACAUCAGCAGAUGAUGGAAAUGGGUCAAAGAUGAUGAGAGAGAGCGAUCCAGCGGCAGUUUAUUCUUCAGUGCACAGAACAUCUGACGUCAGCUAUGCACAGAUCCCCAUCAAGACAAACUGCAGACAGAGAGAUCUUCCACCAGAGCCAGCGGUCAUCUACUCCUCACUGAAGCUGACCCACACACCUACACCACAGCUUAACCAGUCUAACCAGUGAUGUCCAGCUGGCUGCCAAACACAUCCCUGCACUCCUCUCUAUAUUAUAUAUUAUUUAUUUAACCACAUUCUGUGUGUGUUUACAGUCUUACAGCUGCACUGGGCCAGUUUGAAUGUAGAGCUCAGGAUGAAAUGGAAAGUUUCUUUUUCUCUUUAAUAAAACAUCUUAAA